GAAUUUUUUGAUAGGUUGGUUUGAAUUAAUUCGUUAUGAGGCGUUAACAAGUUUAAUUAAGUAUUAGAUUUUCUAAAAGUCGGAGUUUUUAAAGGUGAAUGUUGUCUUGGUAAUCGUUUUGUAAAAGUGCACGAAUGUUUGUGUCUUAUUUCAAGUGGGAGUUAGCAAGAGUAAAAAAUAGACAAUACUGCCAAGUGACUUUUGGUUAAUCCAACAUAUCACCCAAUAUUACUAAAGGCUUUUUUCACAGUCUGCUUUUCAGUUUCCACCCUGACUAAGUUUUUAAGUUAGCGUCACAGUUAAGGUGAGAUGUGCAGCGAGUAUAAUAGGUUAUAUUUAUCAUAAAGUCAUUAUAUUAGUUCGGUUAUUAUCAGUAAAAAGUUUGAGCAUUGUGGAUUAGAUCAUUUCAAUAGUUUACGCACAAUGAUAAGUUUUGUUAUUGGUGUGUAAACUAUUGAAAUAUAAUUAUACUUUAUUAGUUCAGUUAUGUUAAUAUUUCGCUUUCACUGGAUUGAACUUUUGUUAUAAUUCGAUACAUCGGUUGACUAACACAUCAGUUUUUCGUCACUACUAACGUGAUACUGACUGAGUUUUUCACGACAGCUUUUUAUCCAAGGCGAAAUUGGACCUCAUGACCGAUUUUCAGGAAGGUUUGCGUUAAGGGUGAUAUACGUUAGCCUUCGGUGAUGGUUCACCAAAUGAGGUCGCUUAGACGUGUUUCUUAUGCUUAUUUGCCACCUUGAUUGAUGUGAAGCAUUACCUUAAUGAGCAUUAUAUUAGCAAAGAGUUACGGGUGGUCAUGCCAAUAUGCGAUUUCAACCUACGAAGUCGUGAUAUGGUUCACCAUCAUUUGCAGCAACGCAAACUUACAUCUUUCCGGUUUUCUGUCCUACUUACUGUUGUUCAUCUUGAUAUAUCGAAGCUUCACUACAUUUCUUUUCUCUACCUUCAUGUGUGCUCUUCUGAAGUCUGGUCGCUUAGACUGGCACACUUUAGUACGGAUUCACAUUGUGAAUUAAACGUUAUAGAUGGCAGUCGUAAUAACACGAAAACACCUCUGCAUAUAUUAAGACUACAUAUCACUAAUGACCAGCUGUCCCCAACUAUCGAGUGUGUUCUGUGCAAGUAAUCUUUGUUAAAUUGUUACGAUUAAUUCUUCCUGUUUUUAAUAUUCUUUAUGAUAAACUUAUAUGUAGGCGGUGGGACUGGACUUAUCGGCCGGUCGCUCACUUCAUCACUCCGAGCAGCUGGACACAAAGUACAGAUUAUUACACGUAAUCCAAAAGAUUCGAAUGAUUUAAGUUGGAACUCUAUCAAGCAGGAUGGGUUGCCAGAAGAUAUAAAUGUUGUUGUGAACUUAAGCGGCAGAAAUAUUGGGGAAAUCAACCCAUCCCUUCUUAUUAAACAGAAUUAUGAUAAAUUUAUCGAAGAACUCUUCUCAAGUCGUUUAGAUACAACCAGGAUUCUGGUUGAGGCCUCGAAGUCUGCUCGACUAAAAGCAUUUAUAAAUGCUUCCGCCAUCGGUUUCUAUGCUCCCGAUUUGGAAGCCACUUACGAUGAAUCUGCUGCAUACAAAGAUUGUGGUCUAAUCACAAGCCUUGUUAAACAGUGGGAAGAAGCUGCUCAAUUACAUUCGAGACCUGAUAUUCGACAAAUUCAGUUACGAACAGGUGUAGUUUUGUCCAAAGACUCACAUUUUAUUCGCUCUAUAUAUCUCAGUCAUCGUCUGGGUUUUUGUAAUCCAAUUGGUUCUGGUCGUCAGUGGAUAUCUUGGAUUCAUCUUGGUGAUUUAAUUAGAAUCAUUGAAUAUGUAGCUGAUCCUAAAAUAUCUUUUUCAAGUGGACCUGUUAAUUGUACAGCACCAGAACCUACUCAACAGGCUGUCCUAGCUAAAGCUGUUUCUGAAUCACUUGGGGCUCCGUUCAAUCCUUUAAGUCGAAUUCCAACACCUCCGUCUGUUUUUAAACUUCUUCUCGGUCCUGAUCGUGUCACACUAGUUGAAGAUGGUCAACGUGUCAUUCCUAAAAAGUUGAUCGAUUCCGGAUUCAAAUUUAAUUAUCCUACAUUAGCAGAUGCCUUGGAAAAUAUCUUUGGUCGCCGACCUUCAUGUGUUUAGAAUACUUUUAUUAUAAAUUCUAUAUCAGGU